GGCCCACCGGAAUCCCGCCCCCCGCUCCCAGCGUGCUUUGCGGGCGUGUGUGGAGAGCGCGGCCUGGUUCCCGCGUCGCGCCCUCGCCGCCGCCGCCGCCGCCGCCAUGUCGGACUACAGCCCCGCCGGGCCGCCGCCCGCCGCCGGGCCGCCCGGGGGGGCCGCUAACGCCGCCAACGCCGCCGCCGGGCCGCCGCCGCCGGGCGGCGCGGGCGCGGGGGGGGCCGCGGGCGGCGGGCCGGGCCCGGGCGGCGCGGGGGGCGGCCCGCCCGGCGGCAUCCGCAAGGACGCCUUCGCCGACGCCGUGCAGCGGGCCCGGCAGAUCGCGGCGAAAAUCGGGGGCGACGCGGGCACCGCGGUGAACAACAGCGCGCCCGACUUCGCCUUCGGGGGGCAGAAGCGGCAGCUGGAGGACGGAGACCAGCCGGAGAGCAAGAAGCUGGCGGCGGCGCCGGGGGACGGUGAGCGGGGCCGGGCGGGGGCCGGGGCGGCGGCGCCGCGGGGGGACCCGGGGACGCGGCCCGGGCUGCCACCGGCCCCCGGCAGCGCCGGCCUCCCCGGGGCGCCCGCGCCGCGCGCUCACGGCCCUUCCCUUCCAGCGCUGCCCACCCAGCUGGGGCCCGUCCACCCCCCGCCCAGGUCGACGGUGACGGAGGAGUACCGGGUGCCCGACGGCAUGGUGGGACUCAUCAUCGGCCGGGGCGGGGAGCAGAUCAACAAGAUCCAGCAGGACUCGGGCUGCAAGGUGCAGAUCUCCCCAGACAGCGGCGGCCUCCCGGAGCGCAGCGUCUCCCUCACCGGCUCCCCCGAGGCCGUGCAGAAGGCCAAGAUGAUGCUGGACGACAUCGUGUCGCGGGGCCGCGGGGGGCCCCCGGGGCAGUUCCACGACAACGCCAACGGCCAGAACGGCACAGUGCAGGAGAUCAUGAUCCCCGCCGGCAAGGCCGGCCUCGUCAUCGGCAAGGGCGGCGAGACCAUCAAGCAGCUCCAGGAACGAGCCGGCGUGAAGAUGAUCCUCAUCCAAGACGGUUCUCAAAACACCAACGUGGACAAGCCGCUGCGCAUCAUCGGUGACCCCUACAAGGUGCAGCAAGCCUGCGAGAUGGUGAUGGACAUCCUGCGCGAGCGCGACCAGGGCGGCUUCGGCGAGCGCAACGAGUACGGCUCCCGCAUCGGCGGCGGCAUCGACGUGCCGGUGCCGCGGCACUCGGUGGGCGUCGUCAUCGGCCGCAGCGGCGAGAUGAUCAAGAAGAUCCAGAACGACGCCGGGGUGCGGAUACAGUUCAAGCAAGACGACGGGACGGGCCCCGAGAAGAUCGCCCACAUCAUGGGCCCCCCCGAGCGCUGCGAGCACGCCGCCCGCAUCAUCAACGACCUGCUGCAGAGCCUGCGGAGCGGCCCCCCCGGGCCCCCGGGGCCAGGCAUGCCCCCCGGGGGGCGGGGGCGGGGGCGCGGCCAGGGCAGCUGGGGCCCCCCCGGCGGCGAGAUGACCUUCUCCAUCCCCACCCACAAGUGCGGGCUGGUCAUCGGCAGAGGCGGGGAGAACGUCAAAGCCAUCAACCAGCAGACGGGGGCCUUCGUGGAGAUCUCGCGGCAGCUGCCGCCCAACGGCGACCCCAACUUCAAGCUCUUCGUCAUCCGCGGCUCCCCGCAGCAGAUCGACCACGCCAAGCAGCUCAUCGAGGAGAAGAUCGAGGGUCCGCUGUGCCCCGUGGGGCCGGGGCCGGGCCCGGGGGGGCCGCCGGGGCCCGCCGGCCCCAUGGGCCCCUUCAACCCGGGCCCCUUCAACCAGGGCCCGCCGGGAGCCCCCCCGCACCCCGGGGGCCCCCCCCCGCACCAGUACCCCCCCCAGGGCUGGGGCAACACCUACCCGCAGUGGCAGCCGCCGGCCCCCCACGACCCCAGUAAAGCGGCGGCGGCGGCCGACCCCAACGCCGCCUGGGCCGCCUACUACUCGCACUACUACCAGCAGCCGCCGGGGCCGGUGCCGGGGCAGCCGCCGGCCCCCGCCGCCCCCCCGGUGCAGGGGGAGCCCCCCCAGCCCCCCCCCACCGGCCAGUCCGACUACACCAAGGCCUGGGAGGAGUACUACAAGAAAAUAGGCCAGCAGCCCCAGCAGCCCGGGGCCCCCCCGCAGCAGGACUACACGAAAGCCUGGGAGGAAUAUUACAAAAAACAAGCGGCCCAGGUGGCCACCGGCGCCGGCCCCGGGGCCCCCCCUGGCCCCCAGCCCGACUACAGCGCGGCCUGGGCCGAGUACUACCGGCAGCAGGCGGCCUACUACGGACAGACCCCGGGGGCCGCCGGCCCCGCGCCCCCCCCCACGCAGCAGGGACAGCAGGCUCAGUGAACCGAAUGUGAACCCCCCGUCCGUGACCCCCUUUUGUUUUUCGGCGCGGCCGCGGCCGGCCCGGGGCGGCGACCGGCCCCCCCCGCGGCCCCCCCCCCGCCGCCGCCGCCGCGGCCCCCUGGCCCGGCCCGGCCCAGCCCCCGCCCCGCCGGGCCCCGGCCCCGCCGCCGCCGUAGCAGGUAGCGACUAACCCGGGCGCGGGCGGCGGCGGGGGGGGCGGCGCGGCGCGGCCCCUCCCGGGACGGCGGCCACCGUACGCUCAGUUUUUACUUUUUACCGCUUGUUUUUAACUUCACAAAUAAACGAUAACAAAACCUCC